GUAAUCUGUGCUUUUAGCCAAAAUAUCUUAACAUAGUUUACAACUUUACUAAAAUAAUUGUGAAUCACAAACAUGCAAUAGUAUGUGUUUAUAUUAAUUUUAAAUUAUUUUUAAGAGUUUUGUAUUAUUUUUGAUUGGUUUGAUUUUGGAAAUGUCUUCGCCACGCCCAAAAUCUCCCCGUACUCCUGUUCUACCUAAGAAGGAUGAUAAAGACGAGUCAUUUUGGGAUAAAAUUGGUACCAUUGGGCGUAAGAAACGCAUAAAGGAAGUGCAAGAAGUGCAAGAGGAAGGGAAAUAUGCCAUUGAUUCCCCAGGAAGUCCAACAGCUCCAGAAAUUCCACCAGAAGAAUACAGCUUAUUGGACAAUGAAGCCAGAGCCAUAAUUGAACCCCGUUCCUUAGAAGAACCAAGAGUUCAGGAACUUAUCCAAGUAUUGAUUGAUUGGAUCAAUGACGAGUUAGCAGCCCAGAGAAUUAUUGUAAAGGAUAUUAGUGAAGAUUUGUAUGAUGGUCAGGUUCUGCAGAAGCUACUAGAAAAAUUACAAGAAACAAAACUAGAUGUUCCUGAAGUGACGCAGAGUGAAGAAGGACAGAGACAAAAAUUGGCAGUUGUAUUGCGAGCUGUCAACAAGGUACUUUUUGGUUCAGGACAACCUGUUACCAAGUGGAGUGUGGAAUCUGUUCAUUCUAAGAAUUUGGUUUCAAUUUUGCACUUAUUAGUGGCUCUGGCUCGUCACUAUCGUGCUCCGAUCAGGUUGCCAGAGAAUGUCAGUGUCAGUGUUGUUGUUGUCAAGAAGGACGCACAAAACCAGCUCACUCAUAGGACAUACACAGAAGACAUCACAACAACAUAUGAUGAGUUGGGCAUGCGAUGUGAGAGGGAUGCAUUUGAUGCACUGUUUGACCAUGCACCCGAUAAACUGCAAGUUGUUAAAAAGUCGCUAAUAACAUUUGUGAACAAACAUCUGAGUAAAGUAAAUUUGGAGGUGUCUGACUUAGACAGUCCGUUCCAUGAUGGCGUGUGUCUUGUUCUUUUAAUGGGACUUCUGGAGGGCUUCUUCGUGCCGCUCUAUGAUUUCUACUUGACGCCGAAAGACUUCGAUCAGAAAGUUCAUAAUGUGGCGUUUGCCUUUGAACUGAUGCAGGAUGUCGGUUUGGCAAAGCCUAAAGCGAGGCCUGAAGAUAUUGUUAAUUUGGAUCUGAAAUCAACUCUUCGUGUGCUAUACAACCUCUUCACUAAAUAUAAAAAUAUGGCCUAAACGGUCGAAAUGCAUAAUACUCUAACAAUUAACUAAUAACUAAUAAACUUAUUUUUUAUAAUAUACUACCAAAAUUUAUAUACUUGCUAAGUUCAUUACAGUCGAAACUGGUCAGUUUGUAUUGAGGUGAUACCUGUAUUUGUCUAUUGUCUAAAAUGUAUUUGUUUUUUUUCUUAUAUAUUUGAAAACACGUUUUUGCUAGUCUCAAAUUUAGUCUGCGUUUAAUUAAUCACAAAAGCAGAAUGAGCAAUCAUUAAAAUUAAGUUUAUAAACAUUAAAAUAUUCAUUUACAAUGUUGUUACUAAUAAGUUAGACUUAAGUUAUCUGUGUUGUGUUCUAAUAUAUUGAGUCACUAAUUAUUCGUUUAAAUGAUGCCUUAGUUCAUAAUUGACAGCAUAAUAAUUAUCACAAGUUAUAUGUACGUUAUAAAAUAAAAAAUUAACAUCC